AUGUUUCAGGUCUCCAAAUCACAAAGGAAAGAAAAGAGGGCAACGAAGACUCUUGGGGUCGUUGUCGGAGUAUUCCUCAUCUGCUGGGUUCCAUUCUUCUUCAUCAAUAUUGUCAAUGCUGUUUGCGUCUUGCUGAACAAAGAUUUCUGCCAGGUCGGGUUCGAUCUCUUCUUCUACUGCACUUGGAUAGGCUAUAUGAACUCCUUCAUGAAUCCGAUCAUCUACACCAUCUUCAACACCGAAUUCCGUCGCGCUUUCAAAGGAAUCCUCUUCGGCAAGGCGGGCCAUGGUUUCCACAAACAAGUCCACGUCUGA